ACAGGUGAGGGAAAGGGCGACAAGAAGCGAGUGGUAAGCGCUGUUCGCCUAUCGCUACUCCCAUUCGACUACUUGUGGACGACUGUCCGUAAGUUCGCCGAAGAGACCAAACUGUUGUCCAUUGAUGACCUGUCGCUGGUGUCUGCGGCCAAAGCGCGACUCACCGAAUACAAGCCGGACAUCCGAGAGCGGGCCCACUGUCUGCCCAACGCCACGGAUGUGGUCGCUCUGAGGGCCAAAACGGCGCUCUCGACCCGCGUAUUGAAGGGCAAAGUCGGUGAUGUCGGCGAAGAGGCGAACGCCGUGGAACUGGACUUAGGCCUGCCCUACGUGUUGACCGGUAUGGGAGUAAUGCUCUCCUCGUCCGGCAAAACCCGAUACGCUUUCAAAUUGGAGACAUCUAUGGAUCGCAAAGACUGGCAAAUGCUGUAUGACUUCACUAAAUAUCAUACGAGCAAUAAAUUGGAUCUAAUGUUCAAUCCGUUGGUCGCCAGAUAUGUCCGCCUUUCCGACGCCGUGAGUUACCCGGAUUGGGCGGAAAAGCGCAAAGACUCGAAGCCGGUGCGCAAAAUCACGAAUCUGGUGGCCGUGUAUGAGGAGCCG